AUAGCACACUUUACGAAGGCGGCCAUGCAUAUUGUACGCUAACUGCGCAUCUCGUAGUAGUUACGUAGUAGUUUAUUUUGGGGAGUUUGUUGAGGCGGGUAGAUUGAAAAUUAUUUUGGUGAACAAGAUUUUGACCGAAGACCUGGAUUACAGGAACGAUAGGUCAUUUUUGACGUCUUAAUAUACGUUAGCAGCCAUCUGGUUUUGAAGAACGUUUCGUGUGUUAUGAAUCCCUGGGACCAUAAUAUUUACACAGUAACACCUGCUGCUAAGAUUUUGGCCAGAUGUGUUGCCACAGGCACCAUGACACAGGAGGAGCUUGAUGCUGCUCCACAAGAAUCUGAAGUCUUUUCUUCUUCUUUACUUGAAGCUGAGCAGCGCAACAGAAUUAAACAUGAUCUUGAUCAGACUAAUUUGGAUUUAGAGUUGCUGAAGUUGCAAAGAGAUGGAGCAGAUGUAACUCACAGCCAUUAUCUUAGUCAAAGGUUUGCAUCUUUGCAACAGUUCACAUCUCACCUUCAAGAAGUAUUGCGAGAACAAACCGUCCUGCGAGAAAGGCUCACAAAACCACUGUGUCAGCAAAAUCUGCCCAUUCAGGCUGAUCUUCACAGAUAUGUGGUAGAGCUCAUGGGGAUGGUGGUGGAGUUUAUUCAGAACUUGGAUGUGAAAAUAAAAAUGAUCAGAUCAAUUUCAACCACUGAGGAUUCUCUGAGUAAUCUGAACAAUGCCAUGACUCAAGUCCUAUCUCAGGUCACUGAGGUCGAGAAUCUGUACAAACAAGUUCUUAAGAGACGGGGUCAUCCACCGCAGUAAAAAUGUAUUUAAAAAACUGUCACCCACUUUAUCCAUUUAAAAACUCAUAGUCAAAAGAAUUGCAACACACACUGUCGAGGUCACUGCAUACAUUGAAUAAUUGUUUUUGCGCUUCAUUUUUUAUGAACUUUUAUCAGAUUAAAUUCAUAUUGUUUCUUUCAUGGCUGCUUUGUAAUUACCAUUAUGAAUCUGUGACAUCCUACAGUGACUGUGGAUUCAUUUAUGCAUUCUGCACAGUAAAAACAUGUAAAUAUUUAAACCUGUUGUCUCUACAUUUAUUAGUUUACUUUGUGUAAGUAUUUGUUGAUUAAACGUAAA